GCCGCUCGGCUCGGCUACGAUGUCUCAAGAUGGCGGAGGCGGCGGAGCUGAAGCACAUGGUUAUGAGCUUUAGGGUAUCAGAACUGCAGGUUCUCUUGGGUUUUGCUGGCAGGAACAAGAGUGGAAGGAAACACGAGUUACUCACAAAGGCAUUACAGCUGCUCAAAUCUGGCUGCAGCCCGGCUGUUCAGAUGAAAAUUAAGGAGCUGUACCGGAGAAGGUUCCCGAGGAAGAUCUUAACCCCUUCAGACUUAUCCAUGCUCCAUAUUCAGACAGGGCAACUGCCCUCCGCCACUGCACUGACGCAGGGCAGCACAGUGUGUCAUUUGCCCUAUGAUAACAGUUCGGCAGCUUCUACAGUGCCAACGGCUAUGUUGCCUCCGGUACCUAUGCUGGGACCCAAACAUGAGACCGAUGUUCAGCACUUAUCCCCGCCCAUUCAUCCGGUCCAUCCGGAUGUCAAAAUGAAGAGGCUGCCCUUCUAUGACAUUUAUGAUGAGCUGAUUAAACCCACCACAUUAGCAUCUACGAACAGCCAGCGGUUUGAAGAGGCGCACUUCACCUUUGCACUAACACCUCAGCAAGUUCAACAGAUUCUCACCUCUAGAGAUAUCUUACCAGGUGCCAAAUGUGACUACACUGUACAGGUACAAUUAAGGUUUUGCUUGUGUGAAACCAGCUGUCCCCAAGAAGAUUAUUUCCCUCCUAAUUUAUUUGUCAAGGUCAAUGGAAAACUCUGCCCUCUGCCUGGCUAUCUGCCGCCCACUAAAAAUGGUGUGGAGCCAAAACGACCGAGCCGUCCCAUCAAUAUCACUCCUUUGGUGCGGCUUUCGGCAACUGUUCCCAAUACGAUCGUCGUGAAUUGGUCCUCCGAGUUUGGCAGGAACUACUCUCUGUCAGUCUACCUGGUGAAACAGCUGACUUCAGUCACACUGCUACAGAAGCUAAGAGCCAAGGGCAUUCGGAACCCAGACCACUCCCGGGCCCUGAUCAAAGAAAAAUUAACAGCUGAUCCCGACAGUGAGAUAGCGACAACGAGCUUACGGGUUUCUCUCAUGUGUCCGCUGGGUAAGAUGAGGCUAAUAGUGCCCUGCCGAGCCAUUACCUGCACCCACCUCCAGUGCUUUGACGCGGCGCUCUACCUUCAGAUGAACGAGAAGAAACCUACAUGGACCUGCCCUGUGUGUGAUAAGAAAGCCCCCUAUGACAGCCUGAUCAUUGAUGGGUUGUUCAUGGAAAUCCUCAACUCGUGCACGGACUGUGAUGAGAUCCAGUUCAUGGAAGAUGGCUCCUGGUGUCCCAUGAAGCCCAAGAAAGAAAACCAGGAGGUGUGCCCGACAUCUACGUACAAUGGGAUUGAGGGUACGGGAGCUAUGGCCAGCUCCCUUUACGCCGUGGGCUCCGACGGAAAGCACUCCUUGGAGAGCAAAAAGCAAGUGGAGGUCAUCGACCUCACGCUGGACAGCUCGUCAGAUGAAGAGGAGCCUCCUAUCAAGAAACAGUGCCCUGUCUCCACUGUGGCUAUCCCGUCAGCAGUAGGGCCCAAGGGGGUGUUAAAUGUUGAUCACCAGCCAUCCUCUGUGCUUCGAAGUCCUCCCAUGGCAGCUAUCGGCAGCGACUAUCUCUCCAGCCUCCCAAUCCCUGAAUACCAUCCUUCCUACCAGGUGCCCUCAGAGAUUCAAGGUCUGGAUUUGUUUACCUUCCUUCAAAGUGAAAAUCAGCACUACAGCCCUUCCGUGAUCACCUCCCUGGAUGAACAGGAUGCCCUGAGCCAUUUCUUCCAGUACCGAGGCACAUCUACCCAUUUCAUGAACCCCCUGGCUCCCGUCAUGGCAGGAUCCCACAACAGCAUCAGCCCCGCCAGCGGGCGCAUCAGCAGCAUUGUCUCCACCAACACGCUGCGGGAGAGCCAUGGGCACAGCGGGACAAUGAGUAACAGCACAGCUCUCCCGGGCUGCAGGCCGGACAUCAUUUCCUUAGACUAGCCCCAGGCCACGCUGGCAUCUCGUUUCCCCCCAAGGAUGGGAGAGAAAAGCAGACUUUCAGCAGCUGCUGUUGAGUUGGGUUUUUGUCUGGGAUGGAAAGGACCCAGCCAAUAACAGGUCUCCUAAGUGUGUGUCUCGGUCAGGGC